ACCAAAGGGAACAGAAGCUCACUUACACGGAACAAGGUACGCCCCCCUCAGCUCUAGACGUGUGUGAUCACAAUCUGCUGAAUAUGCAUGAGGGGACCAUGGGCCCGUGAUUUGGGGCUGCCCAGGAUUCGCCUGAUUAAAAAUUCUUCGGGCUUGAAGACUUUAGAGCCCUCAGAGUUCCUCAAACAUAGGUAUAAAGUCCUCGAAAGGUCAUUUGGAGCGGAUAUUUGGAUAAUGUAGGCGGAGAGACCCCCCAAAUUUGGGUCUCAUGAUCGGGCGUCUGCUGUAGACAGCCAAAUCCCAGAAGGGGUCCUCGACCGCUGGACUAGAAGACGAAGGGGGCGUCUCCCCUGCUUCCUGCGGCGUCCGCGGCGAACUGAGGUGGAGGCCGGCUGCGACCGCAAAGACGACGGGGGCGGCGGUGCCAUGGCAGGGCUCGCAGGCCCUGCGCCGCUAACUGAUUUAACUCUCUAUUGAGCACCUGCUGUGAGAGAGAACCCUGUGCUAAUCCUGUGGGGCACAACAUCGAGCCAUGACCAUUUGAUGGCAACCACAGAGCGGUAUUGUGAGGUCUGGACCCCUUGAGGACGGGCCGCAGCCCCAGGAGGCGAUACAUGAUCUCUGCUGGGCGGGGCCCAGGCAAAGCCAGUCCACUGUUUGGGACCUGACGGAAGAGCCCCCAAGAAGCCCAGGGGAGACACCCCAGGAGGCUUCUAGAAAUGGACCCCUGCUGCCUUGGUGAUCCUGAGCUGACAGCCAGAGAGCACAGCGGCUGAGCUCCUGGAGAGUGAGGGUUGAAGAACGCGGAGGGCAGCGCCCACGCCCGCGGGCUCCCAUUAGGUCGGUUCCUGCAGCGGUGUUCAGCGGCCUUGGCGAAGGCCCUGCCUGACAGAGAUCAUGUAUUGCCUCCAGUGGCUGCUGCCUGUCCUCCUCAUCCCCAAGCCCCUCAACCCCGCCCUGUGGUUCAGCCACUCCAUGUUCAUGGGCUUCUACCUGCUCAGCUUCCUCCUGGAGCGGAAGCCUUGCACAAUUUGUGCCUUGGUUUUCCUAGCAGCUCUGUUCCUCAUCUGCUAUAGCUGCUGGGGAAACUGUUUCCUGUACCACUGCUCCGAUUCCCCGCUUCCGGAAUCAGCACAUGACCCCAGCGUUGUGGGCACCUAACAGCCUGCACAUUUAGCUUUCUAAGGAAGCAGAAGACGGGAGGGGAGGCAUUGACAUAGGUCAUAAAGCAUUGGAGUUUCAAAUCCCGCAGCCUGCGGGUGCCACAUUCCUGACGGCGCCUUUUUGGCCUGUGAUGUUUUAUCCUUAAAAUGUGAAUAAUAGCACUGACAGGUGCUUUUAUUGUAGAGUCCUAUAGUCGUGGGUGGUCUUGUGGUUGUGUGUGUUCUGUCCCCAUCUUGGUCCCAGCUGUCAAGAUGCACCCCCCUCCCCCCCUCGCCUCAUUCCUGCGAGGAGUUUGCACCCAUCCUGAUCAACUAUCCCAGCAUGACCUGGGCAGAUAAAAUGCCAAGUUCUUUGUCACCUCUGUCACUCCCUCCUUGUCAGGGUCUUUUGCCUUCCCAGAAUAUUCCCAAGUCCUCAGUUCCUCUCCUGGUUUCCCUUUAGUUCUCUUCUACCCCUUUCCUUUUUAGGGAGCAUCUGUCCAAGACAGGGCUCAUUUUUGCACUUAUCUCGAAUUUAAAGAGAUUGCUGACGCCCGAGAGCCUCGCUUUUUCAUUCUUCUUUCCCUGAUCAGCAGGCUAGACAGAAACAUGUAUUGACUGACUGUUGUUCACAAAUCUCCAGUAUUUUUUCCACUUCAUUUUUAAGAAAGAAGUAACAGAUACAUGUUGCUCUUUCACCUGGGUGUCUGGGCUCAUGCUCAGCCUCACUCCUUUGUCCUUCCUCCUGCCCUCCUCAGCUGUCCAAAGGGGGCAGGGGGUUGGCCUCAUUGUCUCUCCUGUGCAUGCUCUGCAGGAUUGAGGUGUAGCGUGUUCAUGUAGAUCUAGAGUCCCCAGCUGAGUGAAUGAGAGAGUACUUGCGUGUUUCAAAACAGCCAUGAUCCCUUGAUAGGUAUUUGGAUAUUUUUUGGUGUGCCGUGUGUGUACGUGAACAAAUACAUGUGUAUAUUCCUUUUAAAUAAGCUUUAUUGAAUGUGUUCUGAUUUUGAGGUAUAGCAAUAGCUACUAUAGUAGGUGCCGCUACAGUUUUUAUUUAGCAUGGGAUUGCAGAGUGACCAGCACACUGGACUCCAAGGUGGUUCAGACAAGACAGAGGGGAGCAGUGACCAUCCUCGUGCCAGGAGCUCCUUCAGUCCUGCACAUAUAGACUCUAUGAAGAAUACAAAGAGGAAGACUUGUGACUGUCACUUGCUUUUUUGCUGUUUCUGCGCUUUCAUACAAGUGCUGGCAAACGAGACUUUCUCCUGGCCCCUGCCCACUGGCAAUCGGUAUGGUUGUCCCUCCAGUCUAAACCAUCCAUCUUUCUCUUGCCUGAGCGGGAAAGGAGGUGGGCCAGGCAGAGGACAGAACUGGAGGCAGUCCAUCUAGGAAAUGGGACCGGGAGGCCACACUUGUGGAACAUUUGGACUGCUAUUCUGGAGCUUUUAUUUCUGGUGUGUUCGUUGCACAGCUGUUUGAAAUGUUUAAUAAAGCUUUAUAAACUUUA